AAGGACGCAGAGGAAGACGAAGGAGAAGAGCCGCGCCAGCCAGCCAGCCAGCAGGAGAGGAUGGUGCCUCAAACCAAGUAAUGCCAAGUUGCCAACAUGAUGUCUUAUGAGAGCCAAGCGUGGUGCUAUCAAUGGAAAUGGAAACUGCAUUUGCUGUUCCUAUUCGUUCUUUAUCUUAUAUGUGUACGGUAUUCAGCUCUUGGAUGUUCCGACUGUCGUAUGGUGCUUUCCAACCCCACCGGAAUUUUUACCUCUCCCUGCUUCCCUAGUGAUUAUCCCAAUAGCCAGUCAUGCAGGUGGACCAUCAGGGCUCCUUCUGGAUUCAUAAUUCAGAUAACAUUUGUUGAUUUUGAGAUUGAAGAAGCUCCCAACUGCAUAUAUGAUUAUUUAAAACUACAAACUGGAGACAAACAAGUUACUCUUUGUGGCAUCACUGCCAGAGGUUUAUCAUUUAAUUCAUCUGGAAAUGAAAUGAUUGUAUCUUUUACAAGUGACUUUAGUAUCCAAAAGAGAGGCUUCAAUGCCAGUUAUACCCGAGUUGCUGUGUCUUUGAGGAAUCAAAAAGUUGUCAUCCCACAGUUCCUGGAUGUUAAUUCUUUGACUCUGGCAAAUUCCAUCCAAGUACCAGAACUUAAGCAGUUCACAUUGUGCUUUGAAGCAACAGAAAACAGCACCAAUAGCUCUGGUUGGAAGGCUUUCUCCUAUGGUGAUUCUUCAUCUACAGAAUUCUUCAGCUUUGGAAAGACAAAAAGGGGGCACUUCAUAUUUAUCUCAGACACAGAAUGUAUGUUAGAUGAUGCACUUGACACCAGUACAAAUGGAGAGUUCUUCACUGAAACAUUUGAACAGCUUUGCAUUGUAUGGGAUAGCUUCUCAGGCACUAUAGGUGUAAAUGUUAAGCAUAUAUAUAAAACUGUAGACUGUUCAGACACUUCUGGAAAAGUCAUUCCUGGUAAUGGAAAGUUAGUUCUGGGCUCUGAUAGAGAUAAUAUAAGCCCACUCAAUGGAGAUAUUUACAACUUCCGGCUUUGGAAUUUCACAAUGAGUUCUGAAGUACUUUUCAACCUCAGCUGUGAUGUGAAAGGCAACAUUGUAGACUGGGAAAAUGACUUUUGGAGUAUCCCAACUUCAGCGCUGAAGGCAGAAAACAACCUGAGUUGUGGUUCAUAUCUUGUUCCAAUACCUACAAUUGAACCAACUAGCUGUGCAAACCUAGGAAGCCUUUGUCAAGCUACUGUAAAUUCCACCACUACAUCACCCACUGUCACCACUAACAUGCCUGAUACUAACAGAACCGAUAAACAAAACAAUGGGGGACUGUUCUACAGAAUUUCCAUUACUGUCUUCAAUGAAAAUGAUGAUAUAGAAUCAAACGUUCAGAGUAGAAUUGCAGAAUGGCUAAAUAACACCUUUGAGAAUUGGAAUUACACUGUGUAUGUGGUCAAUAUAAGUAUUCAAUCAAGUGUUGUCAGCAAAGGAGCAAGGGAAAAGAGAAACACAGGUCAUCAAAGUUUUGAUGUCCGGGCUCUUUUGGUUUACAAUUCUACCAACAAUGUAAGUUUAGAAAAACAGACAAUUGAGAAUAAACUCAUAAGCAGCAAUUCAUCUAUGAUUAGGAGUGGUUUGAGUCUCCAGAAAGUGGAUGUUCAUCCAGUUGAAACAUGUGAUGGUCAAGAAAACCCUCUAAAUUACUUCUGGAAAGAUACCAGACCAACAGUGACUGACAUCACACUCUGCCAUGGUAGUUCCACCCAGAUCGCAUCAAGAAAAUGCUUUCUAAACCUAGAUAAUUACACAUCGUAUUGGGGUGCUCCUGACCUUAGAAACUGCACAGAAAAUGCAGCUGAUAUAGCUAAUCAGCUUCUGAAUCUCACGGGAGAAGGGCAGCAGUUGACUUUAGACAAAGUCAAUGAUGUCAUCCAGAAACUUAAAAAAAUUGUGAAUGAUGAGGAAAUCAAUGAAUCUCUGGGUUCUACAGUAGUCACAAUAUUUUCUAAUAUUCUAACCAGUUCUGAUAGUGUUUUGGCAGCAUCAUCUUCUGAAGCUAUAAAGACUAUUGAUGCCUUAGCACUGAAGAUUCAGUUUACAGGCCCCUCCAUGAGCAUAUCAACACGAAAUCUGGCACUUGGAAUUUCAUCUUUGAAUUCAACGUUGUUUCAUGGCUUCUCCUUCAGUGUUGGUCCUCCAAACAAUGCUUCAGACUUUCAGAUUGAUUUUGACAAAAAUCAAGAAAAUUCCUUGGCUACUGUUGCUUUACCCCCAAGCUUACUAAACAAUUUAAGCCCAGAAGAUCUUGAUGCUAUAUCCAGGGCUCAGUUUACUUUCUUCAAUAAAAAUGGACUCUUUCAGGAUGCAGAUGCUCACACCAAUUUAAGCAGUUAUGUGGUGGCAUGCAGUAUUGCCAAUAUUACCAUCCAUGAUCUCCAGGAUGCUGUGAAGAUUACAAUUAAGCAUACAGUGAAACAUGACAAAAUCCAGGCUCCCAAACCUACCUGUGUCUUCUGGGAUAUGAACAAGAACAAGGGCCAAGGUGGGUGGAAUACUACAGGCUGCUCUGCACAAGCAGAGUCAAAUGAGAAUGAGACCGUUUGCUUAUGCAAUCAUCUCACCCACUUUGGGGUACUGAUGGACCUGCCAGGGACUUCUUCACAAAUAGAUCCUGAAAACACUAAAGUCCUUACUUUCAUAACAUACAUUGGUUGUGGAAUAUCUGCCAUAUUUUCAGCUGCAACUCUUCUGACAUACAUUGCUUUCGAAAAACUGCGAAGAGAUUAUCCCUCUAAAAUCCUAAUGAACUUGAGCACAGCCUUACUUUGUCUAAACUUGGUCUUCCUCCUUGAUGGCUGGAUUGCGUCUUUUGACAUAGAAGGCCUCUGCAUUGCUAUUGCUGCCUUAUUGCAUUAUUUUCUUCUGGCAACUUUUACUUGGAUGGGCUUGGAAGCUGUUCACAUGUAUAUAGCUCUAGUGAAAGUGUUCAAUACCUACAUUCGUCGAUAUAUACUAAAAUUUUGCAUCAUUGGCUGGGGGUUACCAGCACUGGUGAUAGUAAUUGUUCUAGCAAGCACAAACACAAAUGCAAAUAAUAUUUACAACAAAGAACUAUAUGGCAAAAAUACUAAGGGGAAAGGCGGAGAUGACUUCUGCUGGAUUAAAGACAGUAUUGUGUUUUAUGUGACCUGUGUUGGCUACUUUGGAAUCAUGUUUCUCAUGAACAUUGCCAUGUUUGUUGUGGUGAUGAUGCAAAUCUGUGGGAGAAAUGGGAAACGAAGCAAUCGGACAAUGCGAGAAGAGAUACUGAGGAAUCUCCGUAGUGUUAUUAGCUUGACCUUCCUACUAGGCAUGACAUGGGGCUUUGCCUUUUUUGCCUGGGGUCCGCUAAAUCUCCCUUUUGUGUACCUCUUCUGUAUUUUCAACUCAUUGCAAGGUUUAUUUAUAUUUAUAUUCCACUGUGCCAUGAAAGAAAAUGUACAGAAACAAUGGAGACGACAUCUCUGCUGUGGUAGAUUCAGGCUGGCAGACAACUCAGAUUGGAGUAAAACAGCAACUAAUAUCAUUAAGAAGAGCUCAGAUAAUCUGGGGAAAUCAUUGUCUUCCAGUUCCAUUGGUUCUAAUUCAACCUAUCUGACUUCUAAAUCAAAAUCCACAUCCAAUGCUUAUCUUAAAAGGAACAGUCAUUCUGACAAUGUUUUUCUUGACAAGCCUUCACCAAAAUACAUCCAAGUGGACACAGAGCAGACAUCAAUUAUCCCAGUUCACCAGGUUAUUGACAAAGUGAAGGGGUACUACAGUACUCACUCAGACAACUUCUAUCGGAACAUUAUCAUGUCAGAUUCCUUGAGCCACAGUACAAAAUUCUGAGUACCUGGACAUAAGGAGCAAGAGAAUUCAACAAACAGCAUGAGGAUUCGGAAUGAUGGAUUUAGUGACUAGACAAGGAAAUAAAUACAACCAAAGUCUCGUGCUUUUUUUGUAUUAUAUCAUCAUUUUGUUUAGCAAGUUCCUACCAAAAUGGUAUCCUCCUUCCAUCAACUGUUGGGAAAAUACAACAUCUUUUUUUCUCCACUUACACACUACUGACACUUCCCCAUCAGAACAGUUGCUGUAUCCCAGGGCCAUAUUAGUUGUAUAUUGAUCACAGCUGUACCUUUGCAAAAAUUAAGAAGACCCUAAAACCCAAAACUAAAGCUGGUGGCAUUAGAAGAAAACUAAAGGGACGCUAUCAAGAUUUUGGAUGCAACAUUCUUAGAAUACCUUUUUCUCUGUUAUGUCUUACUUACAAGGAAUAUGGAUAUCAUAUAUAUUAAUUCCUCUUUCUUGUGUGUUCUGCAAUUGGGUUGUAUCCAACUGCAUCCAUCUGUCAGGCAAAACAGAUUCCUCCUUCCCACUGCAGCUUCAUGUGUCUCCCUAAAACUGCUCUGGAGGCUUGAAGGACCCUCUGGAAAAUAUUUGGUGGAAAUGCCACAGCUUGCAGAGUCUGUUUGCGCAUUGGAUGGAAUCCUGGACAUUUUACAGGCUUCCACCACCCAACACACACACACACACAUGCGAGGCAAGGGAAGCCUAUUAUCAGUGAAUUAAGAAACCCAUGUGGCUGAUAGUACCAAGCAAAACUGUGUUCACAUGACUUUAACCUUGUUUGCAAAGACUGGGCCAUAUUUAUAACUUUGUGAAUGGCAGACGUAUCUAUCAGCUGAGGCGGUGGGAGUGCUUCUUUGUCUUAGAGGUGCUUGAUGAAAAGUUUUGUGUAGCAUGAAAGUUUGCAUAGCCCUGGACCAAAAGGAAAUGGUCCAAUAGAGUAUAUCACCUUCCUUACUUCCUAUUUCUUAUACAUUAUCAAUGGAGAGUUUCUGUAGCAGGCACCACAUACUAUGUAUAAACCUUAAUUGACUUACAAUGGAUGAAAACGUAACAUUUUCUACAUAGUUUGCUUUAUCCAGGAGCUUCUUCUAACGUAAAGCUUAC